AUGAAUCUGGAAAUGAGGGAUCAUGUUAGGAAGAGGGAGGAGGAUGAUGAUGAAAUGAUGUUAUUCAUUUUACCUGCACUACAUUUGAUAGGUACCGAUGGAGUUGCUCUUAGGGAGUGUAGGAUUCCGCGUCAUACAUCAUCGCUAACAUGCGAGAUGUUUGUUAAGGAGUUACUCGAAGGGCACGUCAAAAACUGUCAGAUAGCAUUUAGGAUGGAGCCGCAUAUCUUCAAAUCUUUAGCUAAUUGA